AUAAUAAAAAACAGGUACAAAGACAUCCGUUCAUAGUCUCAGCUGGAGCUGCCUCUGCUGAUCACAGACUCUGACUCUGAUUACAUCAAUGCCAGCCUCAUCAAGGGGGCGACAGAAGACCGCAAGUUCAUCAUCUGUCAGCGGCCCAACAGCUCCACGGUGACUGAUUUAUGGAGGAUGAUCUGACUGUACAAUGCCAAGAUGAUAGUCGUGGCCUGCAGAGAGUUAGAGCAAAAAUGGAGAGUGUGCCUCGAGCCAGAAACAACUGACUACAUCCAUGAAUUUCUGCUUACCAAGCAGAUCAUGUUGGAGUUCAGCAUGAUGAACAUCGUCCCGGAGUUUAGGAGGUAG